AUGCUCAUGAGGGAGUUCCUGAUGCUGCGAGUGGCUCCGCUCCAGGCGCGCUCGCGCCCCUUGUGGACGCUUGGGGGCGAAGAAGACAAGCUUCGCCUGAGUCCGGGAGCCUUGUCUGACGAGGAGCUGGCCGUAGCUCUCCGCCUCUUGGUCAGGGACAACCAAGAGUAUUCGCCGAGCGCCAUCGUUCCCUUGUUCCGUCGCAAGGACGGGGCGCAGGUUGCGGCCGCCAUGCCCACCUUUGAUGAGCGCGGCCUGGUGCCGCCGGCGCCCCUUGUGGUCCCGGAGGCGACGACGCCGGCGGACAUGCCCGCGGCGAAGAAGAGGAGGGAGGAAGCAGUGGUGCUGCCCGGGACCAAUUUGCCUGUUGCGGCUACAUCUCCCUCCGUGGAGACGGGCAGCAUCGGCGCUCACGCCUCUCUGGCUCGAUCAUCCUCGCGAGGCCCGGGGGAGCAUCCUCGGGAGGAGUCAGCCCCCGUGGCCCCGCUGGCUCCGGCGGCGCUGGUGUCUGGUUUGGCUACUGAGGUCCCGAAAGCUCAUGAGCCCCCAGCCUCCCAAGCUAUGGUAACGAUACCGCCGCCUCCUCCUCCUGCUGCACCACUGGCUCCAGGUCCUUCCGCCUCCCCUGACGUCUUGGAGCAUGCUCUUUCUGAGAUGACCCGGCUGUGA